AUGUGCUCUGGUUUGUGGAUUCAACGGGAUGACAGUCGCAAAACCGCUGUUGUUUUGACGUCUGCUCAUCUGAUUCGCGCAAAGGAUCCUUCCAAGAUGGACCCGUGGUUGGAGGAGUGGACAGGCAAAUAUCACCGUGAGGCUAAGGUCAUUGUUCACUUGCUAGACAACACAACCGUACUAGGCCAGCUCCUCUACCUGCAGGAGCAUUAUGAAUUUGCUCUUUAUGAGGUUGAAGUUGACAAACCAGUUGAGCUGCCCACUUUCAUUGAUAGUGUGCGUUCUGGUCAAGAUGUUUUCCGACUUGGAAGAGAUGAAAAUCUGGAUCUAACAAUAACCCAUGGUAGGGUGGAAUACAUGGUUCCAGAUUGGUAUGAGAGGUGUCAUUACAUGUAUUUUUCCCGUGAUACAAGUCACAGUAUGUUUCAGGACGAUGGAGGGCUCAUCAUUGAUUUAGAAGGGAGGGUUGUGGGUCUCGUUAACAAUCACAUUAAUGAGACUUUUGUACCUUCUUCAAUAUUGCAUAAGUGCUUUGAUUUCUGGAGGAGGUUCAAGUGUAUACCUCGGCUCCACCUUGGAAUGACUUUUACUUCUAUCAGACUUUUAGACCCAAUUUGUAUUGAGAGGAUGAGACGUAAGCAUAGCAUCGAGUUUGGUCUUAUUGUUGAGAAGGUCUCAAAAGGAUCAUAUGCUGAGAAACUUGGAAUCAACAAGGGUGAUGUUAUUGAAGGUUUUAAUGGAAAAUAUAUUUCUACUACAAUUGAGUUGGAAAACAUGUUGAUAGACAUAUGUUGGGAUCACUUCGACCAAGGAAAUGAAUUAAAUGAAGAAAAACAUGUUUCGGUAAAAAUAUUUGAUGCUACCAAACUUAGCCGGAAAACUAAAAACUUAACCGUAAUUGUAUCUGAUCAUGGAGAAGACAUUGUAAAAGGCACUUACCCUAUCACGGGAAAAUAA